CAAAUUCGUUUACAUGAAUGUGGGCUAUCAGAGUGUAAAUUAGCAUUUUCUUGAACGCAGCGCGGUUGGGUUAUGCACAACGUUUGACAGAUCAUUGUAAACUAGGGAAGUAGUGCGCGCAUAGGCGAGAUGAAGGUAUUAGUAGUCUCAUUUUCAAAAUGUGGAACAAAGACCUUAGCUUCAGCACUUCGCACUCUAGGUUAUUCAGUCUAUGAUUUCGAUGAAAAUCAAAAUUAUCUUAGAGAGGAAUGGAUAAAAAUAAUGACCGAAGGAGGGACGAAAGAAGAUUUUUAUCGAAUGUAUAAAGACGUCGAUGCUGCUGCAGACAUCCCUGCAUGUCUUUUCUGGGAAGAAAUCUCUGAAGCGUUUCCCGACACCAAGCUUAUUUUCACAUGUCGCAACAAUGAAGAUGAAUGGUUGAAAAGUUAUCAAAUACAGAUGAAGGCUAUUGCAGAUGAUCACUAUGUUGCCACGUGGCCGUUUCUCUCAUGGACAGCUUACAAAAAUUUCCGAUUCUGCCACCAUGCAGGCCGCGUCGCGUUCUGUUGCCCUCCACAAAGAAUGAAUCAAAUUUUCCAGGGUGCAAGUCCAACUGUUGCGAAAAAGAGAUACAGAGAUCACAACACCAGUGUUUUACAGAGAGCACCGAAGGACCGCCUUUUAAAAAUGAAAUUGUCGGAUGGAUGGGAACCUUUGUGCAAAUUUCUUGAAAAGCCUAUUCCAAGCGAGCAAUUUCCACAUAAAAAUAUAAAAGGAUCAGUGAUGGAGGAAUUCGUUAACGAAAGCCCGUUUGCUCGACAAAUGAAAAGAGAAGUGUUCAUAACGAAAAUUGCCAUUUCAGUGUUAUUAGCUGUGGUUGCUUUCUUUCUCAGCAAGUCGUUUUUCUGAACGAUGAUUUGAAAUCAUCCUGGGACAUAUCUAUUUCAGUAGCGGAGUUGCAAUGUUCAAAAUGCUUUCAGUUAAAUACCUAUAUUUGUCUAGAGAAUUUAUUUAGAAGGAUUUGAGAAUAAAUGUUGCAUAACCACUGGAAA